AUGGGUUGCAAGCAUAGUAACAAUGCAAUUGCAACAAACAGCAAUAGUAUGUCUACUUCAAAAAAUCGUCAGCAUUCACCCGCAGCUACAUCUGCAUCAGCCUCAACUAGUACUACUGCUGAUACAACAGCUACACGUCCGACAGUCUUUAAUCGUGAACGAGUAAAUCUUGAAUCACAUCAGUUAGUAUGGUUAGAUCCAAAUGUCAACAAUAGCAAUGAAAGUGAAAGUUCAAUUACCAUUGAAGAUCUACGAAAAAUUAUUGAUUAUACAAAACUGUUUGAUAAUGUUGAAGAAUGUCAACAGUACAUUGUACAAACAAAAGAUACAACCACAUUUUUAGUCAUAUCCGAACAACUUGGACAGAUUUUGAUUCCACAAAUACAUCACCUUAAAAAUAUUUGGAUAAUCUAUGUUUACUGUCAUAACACAGAAUAUCAUCAACCAUGGGCUUCACAUUAUUCAAAGAUCAAACAAGUCCACACAGAACUUGAUCAAUUAUUAAAUGAUCUAAACAAAGAUGUUCAGGAAUAUUUAAAACACGAAAAUGAUGGAAUCUUUAGUGAAUUUGGAAGACAAGAUAAAAUGACAGAUGAUCUUACGUCUUGGUGGAUACCUUUCAUUGAUCUUUUAUGUUAUUUACCAUAUCCAGAAGAUUAUCGCAAUAGACUUAUUAAUUCAUUAAAAACUUAUUACAAAGAUAAAGAAGAAGAGCUUCAAGUUUUACAAGAAUUUGAAACAACGUAUAAACCGGACAAAGCUGUUUGGUGGUAUACACGUCCAACAUUUUUAUAUCAUCUUCUAAAUCGUGCACUAAGACAACAUAAUAUUGAAGUUAUGUAUCUAUUUGGAUUUUUUAUACAAGACUUAUAUAGACAACUCAAAGACGAACAUGAAACAUUCAAAUUAACACAUUUAAAAAAUUCGACAGUUAAACUUUAUCGUGGACAAGUUAUGGCACUUAUUGAAAUCGAAAAACUUGAAGAAGAUGAUUAUUAUUUCAUUGUAAACAGUAGUUUCUUUUCAACAUCUCUAGAUCGUUCUGUAUCAUUGUCGUUUCUUCAAUCAUCAACAACUUCGAAGGAACUAGAACGAGUUUUAUUUGAAAUUGUAAUCGAUGUUUGUCAACGAUCUCGUCCAUUUGCUGAUAUUUCACAUUUAAGUUAUUUUGGAAAUAAAUCUGAAUUUUUAUUCAUGACUGGAACACAAUUUAUGAAAGAAAGAGGUGAUAUAUCAUACGAUAAGAAUGAAAAGAUUUGGAUAAUUAAACAAAAAUUAGACUAUGACAAUCAUAUAAAACAUGAUAAAGAUUUUCAUGGUAUGACUGAGAGAAGAAUUUUGAAAAACUGUAUCACUGCACUGUCUUAUAAUCUCGAUGAAGCUUCACCUGAGGACAUAGACACAAUAUUUAAUGAACUAAUUGAUUUAUUUUCAUCAGAAAAAUGGAUUUUAGCCACAAAAUUUCAUAGUCUCGGUCUCCGUCAUCAGCGAACAGAAUUAAAUUAUACUGAAUUGAAUGAUAGUGAAUUGAAUUAUAUUGCAGCAUUAUCAAAUUAUGAUCAAGCAUUAAACAUUUGGCUUGAAUAUAUAAAUGAUAAUGAAUUAAAUUGUUCUUUUGAUAUUGGUCAACUUCACAAACUUAUUGGUCAAAUUUACCAGUACUAUGUAGAUAUACAAGAUAAAAAUAGGGCUAAUAAACAUUAUGAUUUAGCUAUCAGUUAUUAUCAAUCAGCAAUUGAAAAAGUAGCUACAGAUUAUGAACAAAUAAAUAUACAGAGUCAGAUAAGUUUUGUGUACAAAUAUAGAAUGGAAAUUAGUAAUGAUGAGAACGAAAGAAUACAAAAUAAUUUAAUGGCUAUAAAAUACAGAGAACUAACUGUUCAAAAUAUGUUAAAAUAUUAUUUAUCUAAUGAUAUUGAAAUUGGAAGAUGUAUGAUACAUCUAGCUGAUCUUUAUAAAUCGAUAUUUAAAUAUGAUGAUGCUUUAAUUAACUAUGAAAAAGCUUUGGAGAUUGUUAUUCAAGAUAAAUCUGAUCCAGAAUCAUAUAUUGGAAUAUGUGAUUUUAUAGUUGAAAUUUAUAUUAAAUAUAAGAAUGACUAUAAUUCGGCACUUAAAUAUAAAUUAAUAAAACACGAAUAUACAUUGAAAGAAAAUGUACAAAAACUAACAGAUAAUGAGACUGAAAUUGAUUGGAAGAAUGAAGAAAUAGCUGAAAGUUAUAUUGAAUUAUCUAAUAUUUAUAUAAAAUUACAUGAAUAUAAAUUAGCUUAUCAAAAUUUGACAAUAGCAAUGACAUUAUAUCAAAAAAUUAAAUUAGACAAAAAGCUAGAGAAAAUGGCAACUAUUCAAAGAAAAAUGAAAACUGUACAAUCAUUUUUAAAAACUGAAAAAGACAGUGCUAACAAUAGAUAG